GAUGAAGGUGGGCAAAUUCCUCCAAUCCAACCCCUCCGUUCACACAUACGUUACCGUUCUCCAGUUUCGCCCACAAAAUUUACUGCUAGCUAGCUGCUUUGCCAAUCCUUAGCUAGCUAGCAACCGCGCGGUCGAUCGGGUAUAAAGACCUUUGGCAGCGUCACUUUGAAGUACUGGAAUAUCUGCAAGAUAUCCAAACACGAAAUGUCAAGGCCCACGAGAAACAAGAGGGUGGUUGACUACUCACAGUUCCAGGACUCUGAUGAUGCAGAUGAGUAUGCAGGAGAUGCUGAGCGGAAACGCAAGCCAGGAAUCACUGCUGACAGUGACGACUCUAAGGAUCGUAAUUUGUCAAACGACUGUGACGGUGACGAGGACAACGAGUACAAAGAAGAGGAGGACGAGGACGGAGGAGACAGCGACUACGACGCCAAAAAAGACAGGAAGGCAAAGCAAGUGACGGCCAAACGGAAACGGGCUGCAGACGACAGCGAUGAUGACCGGGGCCCAAGGAAAAAGGGACGCCAGGUACGACAGGCCGCCACCAAAGCAGUAUCGAAGCAGCGGGAGAUGAUCUUGGGAGAUGGUGGCAGUGAAGAGGAGGGUGAGAAGGAAGACGAGGAAGAGGAGGACAGUGAUGUCUACACUGGCGAGGACUCGGGGAGCGAUGAGGACUUCUGUGUGGAUGACGAUGACGAUGACAGUGACUACGGCAAGCCUCGGCGGAGAGCCUCAAAGGGAGGCAGGAGAGGCAAGCCAGAGAAGAAGACCACCCCCAAACCAAGGAUAAGGGCCUCAGCUACUCGUGGACCCAAGAAAAAGAGGGGCCGAAAACAGCCCAGGGGGAGGAGAGUCGUGAAGAAGGUUCUGCCCAAAGAGGAGGAGGAAGAUGUGGACAGCCCCAAAGAAGAGGAGGAGAAAGAGGAGCGGAAACCGGAGAAGAAGGCUCGUUUAGCCCCCAAGAAAUCUGAUGACGAGGCUGAGGACAUGAAGAAGGAGGAGGAGGAAGAUGAGGAGGAGGAGGAGGAGGAGGAAGAAGAUGUGAAGAAGAAGGAGAAAGUGAAGGAGAAAGUGAAGGAGAAGAAGGUGGAGCAGGACGAUGUUUCGGAGGAGGAUCCUCCGUCAGGUGAAGACUAGUCGUCUCCCUGAACCAGAUUCUGAAAAGGUUUUAUCUUUAUUUUUGAAAAAAAAAGCAAAAAAAAGUUCCUUUCAUGUAGGCCCCAGUGGAGUGUUCGCUCCAUGUCUGCCUGGCUUGAUGUGUGUACUGCGUUGGGUCAUUUCUUCUUGCUUGUAAAUACCAUAUCAGAUCUUUUUGAACUUGCCGGUAAGCCCCAUCCCUUUGAUCAAAAGAACAGAACCUUUGGUUUUGACAAAAACACAAACUUGCAGAACAACGGUUUCUAGAUUGUUGAAAGUUCCCAAAAAGGCGUUGCCUUUUGCAAAAUAAUGGGACUAUGCGUGCUAAUGUCUUUAAACUAAUUUUGCACCAGUUGCUUCAUCAUGACCAUUUAUGAUAAAUUGACAGCAUUUAUAGCAGUUUAUAAUACAACCCAAGAAGCAUAUUAUGCUUUAACUUUGCUUGGUAGAUAUAUGGAUACAUUUUCAGGGACUACGUUAAUGGCAGUGUAAAUUUGCUAACUUCUUUGUGAAGAUGUGUAUGCAGCUUGAAUUAAUUAUUGCUGGCUGCACUUUUUAUAUGAAAAAGAGGACAGGAGAAUCAAAGUCCUGAUGUUUCUGACAGAGCAUUGUGGCUCAUCGUCAAGCUGUUGAUGAGGAAAUGUGCAACUUUUGUGACAGCAGUUUGUUUGCAUCAGAAUCAUGUUUUUUUCCCUUUUAUAUUUGUGUAGUGCUAUUUUUCAGUAUACUUCUCUGUGAAGUGGCUUUGUUGAGAUAGCAGGCCUUGGUUUCUGAAGAGCUAUUCUGACUGUAGUCAGUGCAUAUUUGAAAAAAAAAAAUGUGUAUGAGAGCUUAGGUAUGUGUGAGCUCAUUUUACCAGUGAAGGGAACUGAGGAAUCACACCUGUAGAUGGAGUCUAUUGCUUUUCUGUUCUGAUCCAAACCCCUGUGUAUGCGUGAUCUGGAUGUAGCUAUUGAGGACUCAAACGUCUGGCUUCAUCACAGUAUUGGUCUGCAACUGUGCUUGCCAUCUACAUUCAUUGUUCAAUGAAUCCGUAUCUUUCAGUUCACCUGUAAACGAUACUAAGACUGCAGUUUGAUGUUCUGUUCCGCCUUUGUCUGUUUUGGCGGCGUGCUUUUCUAUGUGUACUAUGUGUAUUUUACUGGAGAAGAGGAUGAGGAGUGUAUUUGGGUGAGGGCCUGAGUCUGAAUGGUGCACAUAUAGAGCUUCAUGACAGCACAUUGUGUUUAUCUCUUCUCUCUUUUUGUUGUUUCUGAAAGCAUUGUAUGACCUCUGUGACCUUUGGUGUGUGUCUGGAACGUUGUGAUGCUUCUGGGUGCCUUCUUGAAGAGAUUCUGUGUGUGUCGGGGUUGGGUCUGUCUCGGCGCAGCGUUUGGGGUUCGGUCUGUCUCGGCGCUGGGUUUGGACGCAGGCCUGGGCCUGGCACUGUUGCCAGAGCAUGAACACCUUUAGCAGGCUGUCUUUUGCCUAUUUUUAUGGUUUUAAUCUUAAAACAAUUUUAAUCGCUUUUGAUCUCUCUAUUCCCCCCAUGAAACAUUCUCUAUCAUAAUUUAUCCAAAAAGUUUCUGUUUUGUUUUGUUUCUUUGUUUUUGUUUGUUUUAAUUACUCUGGUCCGAUUUUGUAAUAUUUGUUUUACAAAGAAAAGAAAUAAAAUGUACCCAGGUUUUAAAGACA